UAUAUUUAAACUAGGAAUUGUUUUACAGGUCAUUGAAUGCAAGCUAUCUCUUCACCUCCUAAUUUCCUUGCAGCUAUUUCUUGCAAUGGUAGGAGGAGCUGUAGCUACUGCCACUGUGCGAGCAGUGAAGAAUAAAAGACUGAUACCUACUCGUGCUGCUCUUGUUUUGACACAGUCAGCAGUGGGAAGAGUGAAGCAGCUACUUCAAGACAAACCUGAUGCUAUUGGCCUUCGUGUCGGUGUAAGGCAGCGAGGUUGCAAUGGACUUAGCUACACCCUCGACUAUGCCAGUGAGAAGAAAAAAUUUGAUGAAGAAGUUGAGCAAGAUGGUGUGCGGGUCAUCAUUGAUUCCAAGGCUCAACUCACGUUGUUAGGCACAGAAAUGGAUUAUGUAGAAGAUAAGUUAUCAUCUGAAUUCGUUUUCAACAACCCUAAUAUUAAAGGCACAUGUGGUUGCGGUGAAAGUUUUUCUAUGUAGGUCUUGUUAAGUAAGUUAUUGAAUUAACUAAACCUAUAAUGAAAUUUAACAUGGAGUGUUUAAUUAGUAUAAUGGAUAUUGAAUUUAAAAAAAAAAACGAAGAUUUUCUAGUUGCGAAUUAUCGCUCGAGGAUGUUUGUUGGGCAAGAGGCGUCUAUUUUUUUUUAUUGCAAUUGUCUACCUAACUCGUAUGCACUAAGUAUGUUCAAGCAUUGCUUCGACGGUUAAAUAUUUUACAUUACUUCAUUCAUUAUGAUCAAACUUCAUUUUAGCUAACUUUCCUCUGGAUGUAAGUAAACCUACAUAAUAAACUUGACUUGGUUCAAAUAUUCGUGUCUUAUGUUCGGCUUAGUAAUUACAGUUGUUAUGCAGCAAUUAUCACUAAUGUUUCAUUACGAGAUUAUAUGAUAACAACCGAGCGAAGUUCCAACUUCAACGUGACGAUGUAAAUAUGAAAUGUUAUCUUUAUUACAAAGAAUAUUAAUAUAAUGUUUUCUGCUGUG